GUACUGCCAGGUGAACGUGCCGGACGAGCUGUUGCGGGACCUGCUGCCAGGCCCUGUGACCCUGGUCUUAAAGCGCUCAGAGGAGCUAAAUAAAGACUUGAAUCCUUUCACAUCGCUGGUUGGUGUUCGAGUUCCAAACCACCCUUUUGUUAGGGAGGUGGCACGAGCUUGCUCUGGACCACUGGCUUUAACAAGCGCUAACAUCAGCUGUCAGGCCAGCACACUGACUGUUUCGGAAUUCCAGGACCUGUGGCCUCAGUUGUCCUUAAUCAUCGAUGGAGGCCCGAUAGGGGACAUCCAGAGCCCUGAGUGUCGUUUGGGGUCCACCGUGGUUGACCUGUCUGUGUCGGGGAAGUUCACCAUCAUCCGUCCUGGCUGUGCCCUGACAUCUACGGUGGAAAUCCUGAGGCAGAAGUACGGCUUGGUACCGGGAUCAUCUUGA